GAAGAAUUCACGGAAGCACAUGUUAACCAGUGUGGAAAUGUGUUCAUCUCCACUGCAUGUUUACAGUUUGCCUUUGUUUUAAUCUCCAACUACAAGCACUCACGUUGUUUGCCUCUCGCUGUAACGUCUCUCAUUGUUUGCUAACGUUUAACGAGCAAGUUUAAUCCAUUUCCAUCAUGGUUCGAGCAAAAAGGGGCAAGCCGGUAAAAAAGCCAAAAAAGACAGAGCGAUAUGAUGAAGAUGACCCUGAAGCCUACAAGAACAUGCCUGUCCCUGAUAAGAAAUCGUCACAAUACACAAAGGACAAAAUUGACAAGUUUCACGACGAAAAGAUUGCAAAACUUCUCGCCAGUGGCGUCCAGAUGGAGAGCGACCUGGAGGAACUCGAUGAUGAGGAGGAAGUGAUGGCCCUGGACGAUUCUGAAUCAGAGGAGGAGGAGGAGGAAGAAGAGGAAGAAGAGGGGACAGACAUGGAGAGUGAUCUAGAGGAGAAAAAGGAAGAAGAGCUUCCUAAUGAAAUGGCGUGGGGCACCAAGAAGAAGAUGUUCUAUGACACUGACUACGUGAGCACCAAAGGGAGAUUGCAAGAAGAGUUGGAGGCUGAGGAGCGAGAGGAAGAAGAAGAGGCUAAAAGAAUCCAAAACCGUCUAGCUGCAAAUCUGAGCGAGGAGGACUAUGAUUUGAACUUUUUUCAGGAAUUUGCUGGGGAAGAGAAAGAUGAAAAUAAGACCAUAGAAAAGGAGGAGAGGAUUGUGAAAGACCUGGAGCACAUGUCCCAGAAAGAAAAAAUGAAACUUUUGAAGAAGGAGUCACCAGAGCUACUUGAACUUAUUCAGGACUUUAAGACAAAGCUCACCGAACUGAAGGAUGAGCUACAGCCCCUCGUACAGAUGGUGAAGGAUGGGAAGAUCCCACCAGGAAAGGGUGCUGACUACCUUAAGACAAAACAGCAACUUUAUCUCAAUUACUGCACAAACAUCAGUUUCUACAUGGUGCUGAAAGCAAAACGAAUCCCUGCUCACAACCAUCCUGUGAUCGAGAGGCUGCUCACCUACAGAAGUCUCAUCAAUGAACUGGGCACGGUAGAUGCUCGACUUGCACCACAGUUUCGCAAGCUACUGUCUGGUGAGGAAAAAGAUUCGACCACCAGCAGACCAGCAGAGUUCAGGAAGACCGGGGUCUCCAGUAAGAAGGGAAAGGAUUCUGCAGAAAAUAUGGCUGAGAUUGAAGAGGAUUUGGACUCUGACCUGAACGAGGAAGCUGCUUUGCGUUUCUACAGAGACGUAGAGAAGCAGGUGAAACUGAAGAGAAAGGCCAAAGACCCAGAGGCAGAAGACUUGGAGGAGACUGAAGAUGAGGAGGAAGAGCCUGACCCAGAUGCCAAGAGAGGAAUCACUUACCAGAUGGCCAAGAACAAGGGGCUCACACCAAAGAGGAAGAAAAUUGAUCGCAAUCCCAGAGUCAAGAACAGAGAGAAGUUCAGACGGGCUAAAAUCCGUAGAAAGGGCCAGGUCCGUGACGUUCAACGGCAGGAUAAAAGAUACAGCGGAGAGAAUUCUGGUAUUCGUGCUGGUGUCAAGAAGAGCAUCAAACUUAAGUGACCAAGAGAGAAUCCAAUGUAGGUUGCCAAGUGUAACCACAGGUUUGAAAAAACACCAUUGGACUAUUCUAUUCUAGUUUAUUACAGGUUACUCUUGUAGGACAACAUGUAUUGUAACUGAAUUGUUCCAUUGUCUGUCCUUGUUGUAGAAAAGAUGUCAGUGUGUGUGCUAUGUCAUUGACAAUGUAAAUAAACAUUUUAUAAACUUUCAA